AUGUCUAAUAAUCAAAGUUUUGUAGAGGGUUCCAAGCAAAACUAUAGGAAUCAAAGUUACAAUAUGUAUCAUCCAAUAAAUCAGUCUAUUUAUAAUGCCAAUUACAAUAUGAAUUUACAUCCGAAUUAUAUGUAUCCGAUCAGUGCAACUUCUGAUGAUGAUAGCAAAAAUACUAUCACCAUAAUUACAAAAGAAAAAAGACAGGCUGAUGAACAAGACAUCAAUCAUUUUCUUGAAGACAUAGAUCAGUCCAAAAAUAUAAAUGACCAGAGAAAAAUUAAACGAAAGUCAAAAAUUGCAACUACCAAAGAUGCCAUAACAUCGGCAAACAAAUUAAACGAAAAAUUAAAAAUAAUUUGUGCAGAGCUAAAAGAUGAACAAAAUUUAUCUGAAGACGAAUGGCAAGAAAAAGUGAACAUUUGUGAAACAGCAAAAAGUGAAAUUAUGAAAUUGUUAGAACCCAUUAGAGAUCAAAAUUUUGUAAGUCAGUUGAAGAAGGACUUAGAGAGACGUAAAAAAAAGAGAUUAAGAGAAAAAAUUAAAAAGGCAAAAUGGAAACAUGAAAAGACAGUGAAAAUGGAAAGGAGAGCAAGAUUGCAUGCACAGAUUGAUUCGUGGAUUAGAAAAGAACAAGCUGUAAUAGAGAAAGAAAAACAAGAGGAAAAUUUACGUAAAGAUGCAGACAUGAUUUUAUCUGAUGUCAGAAUGAAACGAAGUGAUGUAAGGAAAUACCUUGGACUGUUACAAGACUUAAAAAAUUUGAGGAGUGUUAAGGCUAAUAUUGCCAGGGCAAGAGGAGAACAUUUAUCAUCAGCAGCAGAUGAAGCAUUUAAUAAUAUCAUAGCAAAGUUAACAGAACAAUGGUCAACACUUGAUAGAGAAUAUUCCAUAGAAGAACAGGGUUUAAAAUUAAUGUUAAAGACUGAUAAUGAGGAAAGAAUUGAAAAACAAAAGAAGAAUCUGUUUGAUGAGUGGGAGAAUGUACUAUUCGGAAAAAAGAUAUUAAUGUGUGAUCAAUAUGACACAGAUUUAACUAAUUUUAUUACUACGAGAACUGCUUGGGACAAACACAUAAGUACAGAUCGUGAUGCAUCUGCAAUUCCAGUUGGGUGGGUAAUGCCUGAUAAACCAUCUUCUGCUGCCUGGCAAAAGUAUCUCAAAAAGGAAAUUUCAUGAAAUAAGCCAAUAAACUAUAAUUUAGAGGAAUAAGUAAACUUUGAUACACGCCUUAAUAGUUUAUAUUGUAUAAACGUAAAUGAUAUGUAAUGUAAUUUAA